CGCUGAUGGUGCUCUGGCCGCGUCCUGCUCGCAGUUUGUGUGUGUUCUCCUCCUUUGACCUGCUUACCUUACGCUGAUGGCACUCUGGCCACAUCCCGCUUUCAGAAAGUGCGUGCUCUCGUCCUUUGACCUGAUUACCCCACGCUGAUGGUGCUCUGGCUACGUCUGGCUCUCAGUAUGGUGGAUAUAUGUGCACGCCAAGUGCCAGCACUUCCUCCGAAACUCGAACAUACAAAUCACAACGCAUCAAGUUCGAAGAUGACAACGCUAACAGUGCUACGGCCAUCACUUUCUGGCUCUCUGCUCAGUGUUCCCCCAUCUUUCGUGCUCCACCAUCCAUGUCACUCAGCACCGAGCUUCCACCAUCUAUCAUCGACGGAUUCACGCCCCCAAUAUAUCAGAUGCAUGUUUGAAUUAUUGAAUUCAUCGUCACACGCAGUAAAGUACGAAGCUACUAUGAUGCUCACUACACUCAUGCAGAACCCCGCUGCUGUGAAAGCGGCUGCCUCGUGCUUUGUUAAUUUAGAUGCCGGGAUACAGACCCUGGGUGGAGGUUUAGAACUGUGGCGUGGUUACUUCCAGAGUGUUCACCCUACCAUUUCAAAGAACAUUGAUGUAUCGACAGUGGUUAUGUUCAAGCAGGGUAGCUUUCAGACCACCGCUCUUGCUGUUCUCAAGCAGAACGAUGUUCAUGCACUGGACCUCCACCCAGAUUUGCCGCAGUUCAGGCAUAUGGCUUGUGCCGUGAUUUUGCCUUCCAAAACUUUCUUCAAGCCUUCAAUGAACUUUGUCUCCUUUUGAUUAAUGCUGCCAUCAGAUUUAUACUAUUCAGGGUGGUGUAACCAGUGCUGAGCUCCGUGACUAUCAUUUUUUGAAUCCUUUUUACAUAUGUCAUUCUGACCAAUAUUGUAUUGUCGGCCGAACACAAUGU